AUGGCAAACAUUAAGAGAUGGAGACUUCGUCAAAAAUUUGGGUUCAAGUUCAAUAAGAGCAAGAAACAAAGUGAUCGCUUGCUUGCAUUCACAAAGCACCGUGACAUGAUAUUUAAGAGUGCGAGUGACCUUUGUACUCUUGUUGGCAUUGACAUUGUAAUACUCAUAACUUCUUUGUGCGGUAUAACUUAUUGUUUUGUUCAUCCUAAUGUUGAGUCAGUUCAAAGCCAAUUUUUAUACCAAACCCUUUUGCCAAAAAGUAUUUUGGAGCCAUACCAGAAGGUUCAUAUUGAUGAACUUAACAAAAAAAUUAAUGAAGUGUGUAAAAGUUUGAAAGCUGAGGAAAAACGUGCAAUGAUAUUGAAGGAAAAGAAGGAUGCAAGGCCCAAGAAGGUGUGGGAGGAACCCAUCCCAGAACUUAGUAAAGUUGCUAUCGAAAAUGUUAAGCGUAUUCUUCGUGAAAUGCAAACAUUAGCUUUGAAUAAGAUUAACACUGAAUACUUGUGUGCGCAAGCUAUACAUGGUAUUAAGGAAUCUGUACCCAAUCAUAUGUGA